AUGAAGAAAUACUUUUGAGAAAACAACGUUCCAACAGUAUGAGCUUCUAAUCAAAAAGAGAUAGAAAUUGAAUCAGAAUUUGAAUCCGGGAUGGGCAAAUCUAUUAAAAAUUUUCAGAUGAAAGAGGCUAGAACUAUGAGUAAGAUCAACUCAGAGGCUACUUCUCCAUCACUUAUAAAUGUCAGGACAAAUAAACAAGUUAGUCAAGCUUUUUGAAAUUUAAAUGAGGCAUUGAUUCAGCCUACUUUGGAUCAGCAACUUGGUGGGGUUUUAAAUCAGAACAUAUCAAAGGACGAAAUAACAACUCAAUUGAUAGAUAUGUUGGAUAAAUUAAACGUUAAUCAGCUAAACCACACGGUCUAUAAGCCUACGCCGGUGUACCCAAUCGGCCAUUACCUCGGUAAUAACUGAAUGGAACUUCGGACAACUUUGCUAGACCAAAUUUGUGAGGGAUUACUCUCUAAAUACAAAGAAAAUAAGCUAAAUUUUACGUUCGAGCCUGAAUUCAAAACUCCAGCACUUAAUAAGUUUCAGAAUGACAGAUUCGGGUCCUGCACCACCCUUCAGUCAGAACAACAGCUUGGAUUCCAAGCUGAUAGAGAAGAAGUGGGCAGAGAUCUGAAGCUAAAAUGGACCCAGAAUAUGAAGGAAUUUGAUCUUAGUGCCACUAAAGAUAACUCUGGAGCUCAAAAUAGUAUUGAGAAACUCUUGAAGCCCAACAAAGAAACAAAUCAAAAAUGAGGGACUUUCAGAAGAAACAAUUUAAAUUCUUUACAAUUUUGUUAAGAAUACAA